AGUUGGAGGUUGGUCUUGAGGUUGGACGGGGCUGGGGUCGCGGAGUGUUGUGCUCGAUUUUGACAGUAGACCUCCUUGCUUGUUUGCUGGUAUCGAGGUUUGUUGCGCGUCUAAACCUCGAGCUAUGGUUGAGCUCUGGACUGAACCGGCGAUGAACCUGUUGGCGGUGAUGGGAUUGGUUUUCUGCCGGGUAUGUUCAGCCGCCAAUCCAUUGAUGUGGGGCGCCGGACGGGCCUCUCUCCCCGCCAAGAUAACCACCGUCGGAGAUGCAUUUGGCUGUGGAAGUAUUUGGGUAAUGUUUAAGAAGGUUUAUGGAAAUCAUGUACGGGUUCUUUCAAAGUCAUUCAGAAUCAUAAGUUACGAUUGAUUAUUCUAUGAAAAGCACCUUGUCUGAAUCAUCGCGUAAAAUUCAUCAACCUUAUCAGCUAGUCAUGCCACACGUGCCACUACAGAUUGUAAGUUGGAAGGGAAGAGGUAUGAAGUGA